AUGCCUAAAACAGGCCAUCGUCCACCCUUUGGCUCGGAUACCGAGGGCCCGCGCGACUCGAUUGCUCGCUCGCACGACAUCGCAACCCGCCGGUAUCCCUCAUUUCCCGCACACGCGGCUUUCGCCUCAGCAGUUAGCGGCCUUUUCCACGCACUCCCUAGGCGGAAGGACGACAAAGAUGGCGACCGCGAUUUCUUCGACAAGUCAAUCGAGCCCGGAAACGAGGAAGACGGAAAAGCGAAACCCGACGAGUCCAGAGCUGUCGAAGAAGCAUCCACGAACGAGCCUAACAAGAAGUCCAAGUCGCCCAAGGACGAUGAGCUGGUAGCCUCGGCUAAAAAUGAAAAUGCCACUGGUCCCAAGGAUGCUAAGACGUCCUCGGCCGGAGGCACGGGUGGCACGGGCGACGGAUCCGACAACGGUGGCAAGAAGGGCAAGAAGGGCGCGGAAAAAGGUCUUCAAAAGCCCGUCGUCCCCGAGGUCUAUCCGCAGGUUCUCGCUCUUCCCAUCACGAAGCGGCCGUUGUUCCCCGGGUUUUACAAAGCCAUAACCAUCAAAGACCCGGAUGUCGCGAACGCCAUCACCGAGAUGAUCAAGCGCGGCCAGCCUUAUGUGGGCACCUUCCUCUUCAAGGAUGAGACCAAGGAUGCUGAUCCUAAUCCCCCUACCACCACCACUACCACCACCACCACGACCGACGCGAAGAAGACCGAUACUGCCGCCCUGCCACCGGUGCCCGAACCCAUUCCGCAAAAGGUGGUGGAGGCAGAAGAGCCUAAGGGCGAUGUUGUUGCCAGCUUCGAAGAGUCCGCCGUCGUCCCCAAGCCCGAUCCUAACCAGCAGUACGAACCCACGAGCUUCUUAAAGAAGUAUCCCGUCAGCCUUGUCAACGUCGAAAACCUUAGCGAGGAGCCGUACGAUCCCAAAAGUCCCUUUGUGAGAGCGGUUACGAACGAGAUUGUCAACGUUUUCAAGGAGGUCGCUUCUAUCAACAAUCUUUUCCGUGAUCAAAUAUCUACGUUUUCCAUGAGCCAAACUGGAAAUGUCACUGCGGACCCGGCAAAACUCGCCGAUUUUGCCGCCGCCGUCUCUUCGGGUGAGACGGCUGAGCUCCAGGAGAUCCUAUCUAGUUUGGACGUGGAGGAUCGCAUGCACAAAGCUCUCACUCUCUUGAAAAAGGAACUCAUGAACGCCCAGCUCCAGUCUAAAAUCAGCAAGGACGUCGAGAACAAGAUCACCAAACGUCAACGCGAGUACUGGCUGAUGGAGCAAAUGAAGGGGAUCCGGCGCGAGCUUGGCCUCGAGACGGACGGCAAGGACAAGUUGAUUGAAAAGUUCAAGGACCGGGCGAAGAAGCUUGCCAUGCCCGAAGCGGUCCGCAAGGUCUUUGAUGAAGAAAUCAACAAGCUGGCCCAUCUUGAGACGGCAGCAUCCGAGUUCAACGUCACGAGAAAUUACCUCGACUGGCUUACUCAGAUCCCCUGGGGUCAGCGGAGUGUUGAGAAUUUCGGAAUCAGCCACGCCAUGGAUGUCCUCAAUGAAGACCACUAUGGUCUUAAAGAUGUCAAGGACCGUAUCCUUGAAUUUAUUGCUGUUGGCAAGCUUCGGGGGACUGUCGAGGGCAAGAUUCUGUGCUUUGUCGGUCCUCCUGGUGUCGGAAAGACUAGUAUCGGCAAGUCUAUCGCCAGAGCUCUCAACAGAGAGUAUUAUCGAUUCAGCGUAGGCGGCCUUACCGAUGUUGCCGAGAUCAAGGGCCACAGGCGUACCUAUGUCGACCGAGAACCCCUGAUCCUCAUCGACGAGAUCGACAAGAUUGGCCGGGGAUACCAGGGAGACCCUUCGUCCGCUCUCCUAGAACUGCUCGACCCUGAACAGAACGGAUCCUUCCUCGAUCACUACAUGGACGUUCCGGUAGACCUGUCCAAGGUCCUGUUUGUGUGUACGGCCAACAUGACGGACACUAUUCCCAGGCCCCUCCUCGACCGCAUGGAGUUAAUCACCCUGUCUGGUUACGUGGCGGAUGAGAAGAUGGCGAUUGCCAAGCGCUAUCUCGCUCCCGCGGCCAAAGAAGCGGCGGGAUUGAAGGAGGCGGACGUGGAGCUUACCGAAGAUGCCGUUCACGAACUAAUCAAGUCGUACUGCCGAGAAUCGGGCGUGCGCAACCUCAAGAAGCAAAUCGAAAAAGUGUACAGAAAAGCAGCCCUCAAGAUUGUCCAGGACUUGCCGGACAGCGAGCUCCAGUCCGCCAAAGAUGAGGCUGCCCACGACACGGCGGAGGGAAGCAACUCGGAAACUCUGACUUCGGCGACGGGAGAAGCAACGGCCAAGACCGCAGAAGCGCCCCGCGCCUUGAAGGUCCCCGACAGCGUCCACGUCUCCAUCGGUGCAGAGGGGCUUUCGGAAUACAUUGGGCCUCCGGUAUUCACCUCUGACAGGCUCUACGACGUUAACCCUGCCGGUGUUGCCAUGGGCCUGGCCUGGACGCAGCUCGGUGGGUCCGCGCUGUACGUGGAAUCGAUCCUGCAGAGCCCCUUGAGGCCGCAUACCCGACCCGGCCUAGAGAUUACCGGAAACCUCAAAAACGUGAUGAAGGAGUCUUCGACCAUUGCCUACUCAUUCGUCAAAUCCUUCAUGGUUAAGCAGUUCCCGGACAAUCACUUCUUCCAGAAGGCGAAGAUGCACCUCCACGUCCCCGAUGGUGCGGUUCCCAAGGAUGGGCCUUCGGCAGGUAUCACCAUGACGACGUCGAUGAUCUCGCUUGCCCUCGACACACCGAUCGUACCCACAGUUGCCAUGACGGGCGAAAUCACGCUGACUGGCAAGGUUCUCCGUAUUGGCGGGCUGAGGGAAAGACCGUGGCCGCACGUCGUGCAGGCUAACAUAAGAGAGGGCAUCGAAGGCAAGCCCGUGAGUUGGUACUCGGAGGUCUUUGACCUGGUAUUCCCCGAUAUCAACAAGGAGGCGGCCAACACCUGUAAGAUCUGCGAAUGGGCCAAGGACAACAAGUCCAAGGUAGAAGCGGAAGAAGAAGACGAUUAA